GAGGAUCCGGUCGACAGUCGAUGAGCGCGAGCAGAAGCAGCUCCUCAUGGACCUGGACGUGGUGAUGAGGAGCAGCGACUGCCCCUACAUCGUGCAGUUCUACGGCGCCCUUUUCAGGGAGGGCGACUGCUGGAUCUGUAUGGAACUCAUGGCUACCUCAUUAGACAAGUUCUACAAGUUUGUGUACUGUUCUUUAGACGAUAUCAUCCCAGAGGAGAUCCUGGGGAAGAUCACGUUAGCAACUGUGAAAGCACUGAACCACUUAAAAGAAAGUCUGAAGAUUAUUCACAGAGAUAUAAAACCGUCAAACAUCCUUUUGGACCGUAAAGGGAAUAUAAAGCUAUGUGACUUUGGCAUCAGUGGACAGCUCGUGGAUUCUAUCGCCAAAACCAGAGACGCAGGGUGUAGACCCUACAUGGCACCAGAGCGGAUAGACCCAAGUGCUUCCAGACACGGCUACGACGUGCGCUCUGACGUUUGGAGUCUUGGGAUCACACUGUACGAGCUGGCCACUGGGCGCUUCCCGUACCCCAAAUGGAACAGUGUGUUUGAUCAGCUGACUCAGGUCGUCAGGGGUGACCCUCCGCAGCUCAGCAACUCCGAUGAGAGGCGAUUCUCCCCCAAGUUCAUCUCCUUUGUAAAUGUGUGUCUCACGAAGGAUGAGUCCAAACGGCCAAAGUACAAGGAGCUCCUGCGGGACCCGUUCAUUCAGAUGUACGAGGAGCGCAGUGUUGACGUGGCCGGGUACUUCUGUAGGAUCCUGGACCAGAUGCCCUCUUCCCCCUCUUCCCCCGUUUACAUGGACUGAAGUCUGCCCUGUCACUGCCUGUGCCCUGUGUAACAUAACCCAUCUCCUCCACUGCAAAGAUAAACAGGUUUAAAAUCAGAACAUCAAACUGAGAAGAUCUGACACAUGUCGGUUUAUUUGUAUUUCAAAAUGUUUGGACAUGUUUUAAAGCUGCACUGUGUAACUUUCCUGAAGGGUUCCGCACAUGUCUCCAUGGAGAUCUUGGGCUUUGCCUGUAAUCUUCUGCCAUUUUGGUAGCAAAGGUUUCAAAGUGAUUUCAAAUGAGGGAUUUGAGCAACACGUUCCUACCGUAUGGCAUUAUAGUAUUGUUGCCUCUCCACAGAUCUGACCUGUAACUUCACCUCCAUGGAGACAAGUAGAUGUAGGCAGAGACAGAAGACCCUUCCCCCAGAAAAGUUACAUAGUGCGCCUUAAAGAUAAUUUUACUUCAAAAACUGUAAAUCAACAUGACUAAACUAACUCCCUGGAUUUAGGUAAAAUAAGCUGAACAAACCAGAAAAAGAACAUUUCAGAACUGCUCAAAACUAUUUGGUAUUCAUGUCUGUGCAGAUUUGUAACAUUAGAGUUUUAGACUCAAGAAGAGACGGUCAAAAAGAGGAGAACGUAUCCUGAAGGUAAAAGAGAUUUUUUUCCACAGAAUGUCCUCCAUAAUUAAGGUAAAAGAGGUGGAGAAAGGCCUCCACAUUUAGGUAAAAGAGAUGGUCUCGACCAGAGAGAGGCCUCCACAUUUCUGGGUUGGGAUCAGGACUGAGUGAACAAAUAAUGCAUGAAAUUAUAAGAGUAAUAAUCAUGUAAUCUACACCCUCCAGAUUUUCUGAAUCCCCUUUUUGACUGUCUAAACCACAUUCACUGAACAGCUUCUGACCACGCCCGCAGACAGUUAUUAUAAAAAGUGUAUUUAUUGAACCAAAUCCUGAUGAAUAUUUGAUCUUGAGGUGUUAAAUGCCUGAUGCUCGUAUAUGUGAAUGAAACGUUUCUGUCUGAGCUCUGUAUCUCCGCUCAAUAAAGAGGGACACAAAAC